CUUGAAUAACGAUAUACUUUCGCCGGAAGAGACGUAAUUUCAUGUGACCGAUCACAUGACACAUCAUUAUCAACAUGGCGAGUCAGACGCAGGGAAUCCAGCAGCUACUCCAAGCAGAGAAAAAGGCAGCUGAGAAAGUUGCGGAAGCUCGAAGACGGAAAGCAAACCGCUUGAAGCAAGCUAAAAAGGAGGCAGACGCAGAGAUCAAUGCUUACAAGGCAGAGAGAGAGCGGCAGUACAAAGAGUAUGAGGCUAAGAUCCUUGGCUCUAAGGGUGACAUGGAGACAAAGAUUGAUGCCAAUACACGCCAGAAAAUCCAGGAGUUAAACAUGAACGUUCAGAAGAACAAAGAGCUAGCACUGAGCCGACUUAUCAAUAUUUGCCUGGACAUCAAGGCUGAGCUGCACACCAACCUUAGGCUCUAAGAGAACUAAAUAAUGUUUCACAUAUGCAGAGUUUAGGAACUAAUUUUCAUGAAAAUCUCUAGUUAAAAUUUUCCUUCAAGAGUCACAAAAAAAAAUAUUCUCAAAAAAGUGGUACACCAACUAUGCCAAUUUUUGUGUUGUAUUAUUUAAAACUAUUGAGUAUGUUCUUUGGCAAAUAUGCAUGUGCAGGGGAAAGAACACGCUUCUUUCAAAACCCUAGUUGGUGUCUUUGGUCAGUUCCGUAAAUAAUUGUGGAGGGUCUAGUCACAGCUUACACAGUUUUAGAACUUCUGUGUCGAAGUACAGAUUCUACCUUCAUUCAAAGAGUGGCUAAAUUUUAGAGAGUAGGGUUUUAACCAUUCUAGCACUAAAUUGUGUUAGUAGCCUCCAUAGCAUUUAACAAUUUCUAACUUUAUUAGCAUUAAAUACAAGAGCUAUCAAACUGGCAACUUUUUUUGUUUUGGUCUCUAAGGCAUCUUUGAUAGUUCCAUUUGAUGAAAACAAGUUGCAUGCUACAAUAUAAUUUCCUCACAACUGAUAAAAUAAUCAAGAUUGUUUAUUGGGACAACUUGUUGCUUGUAAGUCCUUUCCAUCUUGGGAUUUUCAUGGCAAUGUCUUUUAGUAAGACAGGCUUUGUAGAUUGUGUGUAUAUAUACAUAUAUAGUAGGGUUUGAGAAAUAAAAAUAAUCGGUUAUUAACUUCUAAGAUUCCUGCUUCAAAUUUAUCCUCUUAAAAAAAGCUUAAAAGAAGAAGUGCAACUAUAGCUUUGGUAACAGUUUAGACAUAAAAAGUAGAUUGCAUUUAUGAUUCAAAACAUUGUCAUUGGGAACACUAGAUGAAGUGAUAGUGAAAGAAUGUUGCUUCCUUGCCACCAAAGCUGUAAAUAUUUCUUGAAGCAUUGUUGAAGGAGGAAGGGCCCUUCUACUGUGCAAUGCCAUUCUAAUGGAAGUACUGAUGUCUGGAGUUAGUUUUACCACCUGCUUUGUCUUUUUCAUGUAAAUAAGUAAAAUUAUCAUUUCAUAAAGCAUCAUUGUGAUGGUGGAUGAACUGACUGUAUGAAGAGUUUAGACAAAUAAAGUUGUUUGUGGAACAG